AAUUUAGUUAUAUGUUUUAUGUAGUUUGUUAAAAAUAUUAUAAAAAAUAUAUUAAAAAUUAAUGUUCAAUAUUCAAUGCUAUGGUGCAAUAUAAAUGUACGCGCUGGGCCUUCGAUUUGUCCAGCUGGUCACCAACAUUGCCGCAAUUAGCGCAGGCAGUGGCUGUUAUUCAACCAGAGGAACGCGCCCGUCUCUUGAAGUUUGUUUUCAUCGAUGACUUCCUUUCGUCACUGGUGGGGCGUUUGCUAAUGAGAAAAUUCGUUUGUACGCAAAGUGGUCUGGAUUAUAAAGAUGUGCACUUUGCGCGAGAUGUGCGUGGAAAACCUUAUUGGCUGCAACAAAAACACAAUAAGUGCCGUAGCAAGCUCAGCUUCAAUGUAUCGCAUCAGGGCGAUUACGUCGUGCUUGCGGGCAUGUCCGUUGACGCGAAAAAAGAUAGUACAGAUGCCACUGCAGAUGUUGCCGAAAAUGAAAACACUAUUUCAACACCCACAUUCGGCGUUGGUGUUGAUGUUAUGAAAAUAGAAUAUAGUGGUGGUAGAUAUCUGGCGGAAUUCUUUCGCAUAAUGCAGCGCAAGUUUUCUGACAAAGAAUGGCGUUAUAUACGACACCCACAGCACAAUGAGCUCCAGCAAUUGCAAGCUUUUAUGCGUCAUUGGUGUUUAAAGGAGGCGUAUGUGAAAGAACUAGGCGUGGGAAUUACCGUUGAUUUGCAAAAAAUUUCAUUUACUGUGGAUACUACACGGGAGCUGGUUGUUGCGGGACCGCCAUUAACAGGCACAACGCUGCAGUGUAAUGAUAGACCUAUGAAUGAAUGGUACUUUGAAGAGCAUUUACUACAUCCGAAAUAUUGCGUGGCAAUUGCGUUUAAAAAUUGUAAGCUAGACUUAGGAAAUUUUGAACUACUGAAAAUUGAAUAUCUUUUGAUGGAAACAGAAAAGGCAACAAGCCCAGAGAUACUAGACUACUGUAGAGAGGCAUUUAAGAAACAAAGGAGAACGUGGUGAUUUUAAAAGGUUGUGGCGUUGCAAUGAUACAAAUAGCUUUAAAGUUACUUAUUUUAAUGUAGGGUGUCGGACUAAACAUAUUGGACAAGUGCCUAUUGUGGGCAUAAUCAUUUUUUAUACUGCCAAAUAUUAUUCUGAAUAUAAUAAAAUUAUUU